CGGGAGAUUAAUCAUAGUUUUCGCGCCUCCUCUCCUCUGUUUCCUCCUUUCCUCCUUUCUCUCUCUGGAUUCUACAAUUUCAUUUCUCGCCUCUCUUCACAAAGACUUUCCACCUUUCUAAUCUCUUCAGUUUUAUUUUGAGGGAGGAAAUUAAUCAUUAAUUUUGUCGAAGAUCUGGGGAACUGUUGUGUUGUAACAUUCCAUAAUGGGCAUCCUGGGAAUGGCAAAAUUUUGAUGCCCAAAAGCUUGAAUUAAUGUGGUCAAGACUCAACUAUAACUGUUAGUUAAAAAAGUAUAGGUUUACAAAAUGGCUGUCCCUAUGGAAUGGUUACUAGAGAAAUCGGAAUCUGUAGUGAUGUCUGAUCAUGCUUCUGUUGUGUCCAUAAACCUUUUCAUUGCCCUCCUUUGUGCUUGUAUCGUGCUUGGUCACUUGUUGGAGGAGACCCGGUGGAUCAAUGAAUCAAUCACUGCUCUUAUCAUUGGUCUGUUCACAGGCUUCAUUAUCUUAAUGACAAGUGGAGGGAGAAGUUCGCGUAUUCUAGUGUUCAGUGAAGAUCUUUUCUUCAUAUAUGUUCUUCCACCUAUCAUAUUCAAUGCUGGGUUUCAGGUUAAAAAGAAGCAAUUUUUCCGUAACUUCAUUACAAUUAUGAUGUUUGGUGCUAUUGGUACAAUUAUCAGUUGUGCUGUUAUUUCAUUAGGUACCACUCAACUCUUUAGAAUAAUGGAUAUUGGAUCAUUGGAUGUUGGAGACUAUUUAGCAAUUGGUGCUAUAUUCUCUGCAACAGAUUCUGUUUGCACAUUACAGGUGCUUCAUCAAGAUGAGACACCCCUACUCUACAGUUUGGUAUUUGGGGAAGGUGUAGUCAACGAUGCAACAUCAAUUGUCCUUUUCAAUGCGCUUCAAAGUUUUGAUCUUACAAAUCUUGAUCCCACACUCGUUUUACAUUUCAUUGGAAGUUUCCUCUACUUGUUCUUUUUAAGCACUUUGCUGGGAGUCAUGACUGGCUUGCUUAGUGCUUAUAUUAUCAGAAAGCUUUACAUUGGCAGGCACUCAACCGAUCGUGAAGUUGCGCUUCUGAUUCUUAUGGCUUAUCUUUCAUAUAUGAUGGCAGAGCUCUUCUAUUUGAGUGGCAUUCUGACUGUAUUUUUCUGUGGAAUCGUGAUGUCCCACUACACUUGGCAUAACGUGACAGAGAGCUCAAGAAUAACUACCAAGCAUACUUUUGCGACAUUAUCUUUUCUAGCAGAAACAUUUAUAUUUCUCUAUGUUGGUAUGGAUGCCUUGGACAUAGAGAAGUGGAGAAUUGUUAGAGAUACGCCAGAAAAAUCAUUUGCCCUUAGCUCGAUAUUGAUAAUCCUAAUCUUGAUUGGAAGAGCAGCUUUCGUGUUUCCCUUAUCGUUCUUGUCAAAUUUAGUCAAGAAAUCUCCAAAUGAAAGGAUCAACUUACAGCAGCAGAUAGUGAUAUGGUGGGCGGGUCUUAUGAGAGGUGCAGUGUCCAUUGCACUUGCUUACAAUAAGUUCACGCGAUCAGGGCAUACACAUCUGCAAGCAAAUGCGAUUUUAAUAACAAGCACGAUUUCAGUUGUUCUCUUCAGCACAGUAGUGUUUGGUUUGCUGACGAAACCUCUUAUAAGGUAUAUGCUAAAUCCGAAUGAUAUGGGACACAUUGAUGCAAUAUCAGAUCCAAACACCCCAAAGUCAUCAGUUUCGGUUCCACUACUUCAAGGUCAGGAGAGUAGAGAUGUGGAGUUUGAUAUUGGAAUAAUUACUUUAACACGUCCUAGCAGCCUGCGCAUGUUCUUGACCACUCCAACCCAUAUGGUCCAUCGCGUUUGGCGUCAAUUUGAUGACUCUUUUAUGCGACCUGUCUUUGGUGGCCGUGGAUUCGUUCCAUAUGAACCAGGUUCACCAACCGAAAUUAAUCCGACCACUUCAUCAUCAGCCAUCCAUUAAGAAGUAAAUAGUAAUAGUAAUAGUAGUAGUAGAACUAGUUUAUUAUUCCCUCAAUUAAUGAAGGGGACUAUGUUUUAGCUUCUUAACAAUACAUAAUCAAUAAUGUAUUUGUAUUUUAUUUGAGCAGUUUUAAAAAUUGGGAAUAAAGCUCAUUUUUUUCCCCU